CAGAGUCAUCUGGAGCAGCACAGGCAGUUGUGGUGGAGUAACGUGAUUAUUUUCAACCCCGAAAAUGGUGAAAUCGGGGAAACUUCGCUCCGGGACAGGGUCGAAACUGAAGCGGUGGAAGAAAGGGCACAGCAGCGACUCCAACCCGCAGACCAGUCGCUUCCGUCAGGCUGCCAAAAGCCGCUUCUUCAGCAGACCCUCCGGUAAAAGCGAUCUAACAGUCGAUGCCCUGAAGCUGCAUAAUGAGCUGCAGGCUGGGCCGCUGGAGCUCAGCACGGGACGUAAAGAUGCUCGUAUGGAAGAGGAGCAGGAUGAGGCGUUUUCAGACAGGACCUCGGGUACUUUUCUCAGCGGUUUGUCUGACUGCUCCAACCUGACGUUCAGAAAGGUGCAGCGAUACUGGGAGUCCAAUUCAGCUGCUCACAAAGAGAUCUGUGCUGUGUUAGCUGCUGUUACUGAGGUGAUCCGCAGCCAAGGAGGGAAGGAGACAGAAACAGAGUACUUUGCUGCUUUGAUGACCACCCUUGAAGUUGUAGAUUCAGCGGAGUCGCAGGCUGCAGUGGCGUACCUCCUCAACCUUGUCAUGAAACGCGUUCCUGCCCCUGUGCUCAUGUCAAAAUUCUCAGACACCACCAAAGCUCUGAUGGACGUCAUGUCCAAACAGGCAACAUCCGACACCGCCUCAGCUCUCAGAUGGGUCCUGUCAUGUCUGGCUACUCUGUUAAGGAAGCAGGAUGCAUCUGUGUGGACCUAUCCAACUACUCUUCAGGCUUACCACGGCCUUCUCAGCUUCACAGUACACAGCAAACCUAAGGUCCGUAAAGCAGCACAGCAGGGUGUUUGUGCCAUCCUCAGAGGGAGUGACUUCCUGUUUAAAGAUAACGCUCCGUCCCAUCAUCCUGCUGCCAUGACAACAGCCAAGUUCUGCAUCAAAGAAAUGGAGCAGGCUGGAGGCAGCAAAGAAGACACUACCACCCUCCACGUGCUGGGACUCCUUAAAGAGCUGCUGGGGACGUUUCCUCUGGGAGCAGUAAAGUCAUGUUGUGAGACACUGCUGCGAGUGAUGACACUGAGCCAUGUGAUGGUGACAGCGAGUGCCAUGCAAGCGUUUCACAGACUGUUCAGUGGAAAACCAAAUACUUCAACCCUCUCAGCAGAACUCAACGCACAAAUCAUCACAGCUCUGUAUGACUACCUACCCAGUGAGAACGACCUGCAGCCUCUGCUGGCCUGGCUCACCGUCAUGGAGAAGGCACACGUUCACUUGGCAGGUUUGCAGAGUUCUCUGAGUUUGGGUCACCUCCCUCGCCUCUUCUCUGCUGCCAUGUCCUGCCUACUGUCGCCUCACGCUCAGGUUGUUUCUGCAGCCACUAACACUUUGAAGACUUUGUUGACUGAAUGUGUUGCCCCUCAUAUGGAGGAGAUGGGGAAAAUCACAGCUACAGCAUCAGCAGGAAACCCUUCCUAUGUCUGCAAAAUGUUUCGCAUUAUAGAAGAAGGACUGUCGUAUCGCUUCCAUGCCUCGUGGCCAUUUGUGCUCCAGAUUCUGGGAUGUUUCUAUCGAACUGCAGGGAAACAGGCUCACCCCAUCAUGACGAAGUCCCUGCAGUCUCUGGCAGACCUGCGCUCCACCCCUCAUUUCCCCUUCAGUGGGGAGCUGGACCUGGCUGUGGGAGGAGCUGUGGAGACCAUGGGGCCAGAGGUGGUACUGGGUGCCGUGCCUCUCAACAUCACCGGCUAUGAGGAUGAUUUGGAGUUUCCUCGCAGCUGGUUGGUUCCAGUGAUCCGAGACCACGUGAAGAACACUCACCUUGGUUUCUUCACUUCUUAUUUCCUCCCUCUGGCCUCUACACUCAAGAAGAGAGCUGAAGAGUUGGAGCAAGCAGGACAGAAACUUGAAGCCAAAGUCUACCAGACGUUACAGCUACAGAUCUGGACCAUGCUCCCAGGCUUCUGUAUGUGUCCUGUGGAUCUGCUAACAUCCUUUAAAGGCAUCGCUCGUGUACUCGGAAUGGCUAUAAAUGAACGGCCAGACCUGAAACUCACAGUGUGCCAAGCCUUACGUACACUCAUCAACAAGGGCUGCUCCACUGCUGAAGAAAAGGCAGAAGUGGGACGCUUCUCAAAGAACUUCCUGCCCAUAUUUUUCAAUGUGUACAGCCAGCCACCUGCAGUGGGAGAGCCAGCCACCAACAGGAUGGCUGUACUCGACACCAUCAAGGUGUACCUUACAGUCACAGAAACACAGAUGAUCUGCACAUUCCUGCAAAAAGCCACAGACAGACUGAACAAUGCAGAGAGCACAGAGUUCACACGGCUGUCAAUGAUGGACCUUGUGGUUGCAAUGGCUCCCUUUGUAGAUGAAGUCACCAUGACAAAAACCUUCGAGCUGAUCAGGCCGUACAUGGAGACCAAAGAGCCAGGCAUGCAGAAGAAGGCGUACCGUGUGCUGGAGGAGAUGUGUGGAGGAGAGAGAGACGAGUGCCGGUCGUUUGUUGUUGCUAAUCUUGAAACACUGAAAGUCGUCCUUCUGGAGACUCUGAAAAAUGCUUCUUCACCUGCAAAGAGGCCGAGACUGAAGUGUCUGGUCCACAUUGUGAAGCGGCUCGGCGAGGAACACAAAGACUUUAUCGUCGCUCUGCUGCCAGAGGUGAUUGUUUGCACCAAAGAGGUUUCUGUUGGAGCUCGUAAGAACGCUUACACUCUGCUGGUUGAAAUAGGAAACGCGUUUGUUCGCUUCUGUGGAAACAAAAAAGAUGCCAUGGAGCAGUAUUUGAUGCUGGUGUAUGCAGGACUCACAGGCUCUGUCACAAUGAUCACCUGCACAGUGCUGGCUCUAACUCGGCUGGUGUUUGAGUACAAAGAUGCUAUCGAGGUGAGCACCAUGGAGCAGCUGCUGCAUAAUGUGUGUCUGCUGCUCUCCUCUCGCACCAGAGAGAUCGUCAAAGCUGCCUUAGGCUUCAUCAAAGUCAUCCUCUUCAUCAUGGACCCUAAGACGCUGGCAUCACACGCUACAGUCAUGAUGGAGGGUGUAGGGAGCAUCAAAGACGACAUGAGGAGGCACUUCAGGACAAAACUGAAGAACGUCUUCACCAAAUUCAUCAGAAAGUUUGGUUUUGAGCUGGUGAAGAGCAUGCUGCCUGCAGAACACCACAAAGUGCUUGCAAACAUCCGUAAGGCUGAGGCGAGAACCAUGAGACGAAAACAAGCAGCAGCGCAGCAGGAUGACUCUGAGAGUGAAGACGAGACACCUAAAACAAAGAGUGAAAGUAUUGAGGAGAUCCUUGCUGAGCUGGACAGCGAUCUGUCAGAGGAUGAAGGAAAAUCUGGUAACGCUCCUAAGAAAGCGGGCAAAAAGCAGAAAGGACGAGCGUGGCUCAAAGAGGGCGAGGAAGAUGAGCCUCUUAACUUCCUGGAUCCUAAAGUUUCCCAGAGAGUUCUAGCCACAAAUCCAACGAUGAAGAAGACUGCCAAGUCAGACCACGGCUUCAAGGUGACAUCAGACGGGCGGCUGAUUAUCAGAGAGGAAGACGAGGAGGAUGUUAAAGAUAAAGAUGAGGGUGAGAUGAAUGAUAUCCUAGAAGAGGCUGGAGUCAAGAGUAAAAAGACACAAAAGAGGAAGUUCAGAGACGAUAACUUCGAUGAGGACAUGGAUGUUGAACCUCAGCUGAAAUACAAAGCUGGAGGCUCAGGUAUCCACAGACCGCUGGGAGGAAGGCCAGGCAUGGGGUCGGAUUAUAAAUCAAAGAAAGGAAAAGGGGACGUGAAGAAGAAAGGGAAGCUUGAUCCUUACGCUUACAUCCCUCUGAGGAAGGCCCAGCUCAACCGCAGGAAGCGUGCCAAGCUGCAGGGCCAGUUCAAGGGCAUGGUGAAGGGAGCCCAGAAGGGGGCGCUGUCUGGAAAGAAAAUGCAUAAGAAGAGGAAAGCCUGAAGAGCUUUUCUUAUUAAUCAAUGGACUCUUUAAUGUUUUAUGCUUUCAUGAACAGACACAAAUGCAGUUAUACACCUCAGAUGUGUGUGUCAAAGUCAUGUGGAUGUGAGCAACUGUCAUUGAUGGUGAAACCGGUUUGUUUUUAAACUGAUCCAUUUCUGUAAACUCAUGAGAAGUUCUGCCUUUGUGAGAGUAAGAGCGUGUUAGAUGUCUCCCUGCCGUUCAUGGAUUUUGAUAAACAGAAAAAUGUAUUUAUGUGUGAAAAUUGUGGAGAUGUGUAGGCAGAUAAUAAGACUAUAAUGAAAGA